GUCUGAUUAGUUGGCUCCCCCGGGUUGGUUCACUGCAUGUGCCACAAAGCUCAUUGCAAUUGCAGCAUCAUCGCUCGGAGCACCGGAGCUCGCUGUUCCAUGGCCAACGAGGUUGGCUCUUCCCUGUCUCUGUUCCUGUGAAAACCUGGUAUCAGAGCAGUACAGCGGCUGAGGUGGAGCUUCAAAUGAUCGGAGGAGCCGAUCCCAACUCCACGAACGGUCACGCCAGCCCCCACCAUGUGGUCACGGUGGCACCGGAGCUGAUGCACGACUGGUCAUCCAUAUGGCAUCGGAUGCUCAGCCAGAAGCCGACCCAUCUGAAGCAAUCGGCCGGCAAUUCCUCCUGCUGCAUCUUUAGGGUCCCCGCAACCCUCAAGGAGCUCAACCCCAAGGCCUACAAGCCCCGCAUCGUGUCCAUCGGCCCGUACCACCAUGGAAAUGAAUGUGUCAAGAUGAUCGAAGAGCACAAGCCACGGUUCUUCACGGCUCUUGUCGCCCGAACCAGAAGCUCCGGAGUCGAUUUUAACCAUUACUUCACUGCCAUCGCGUUGAGGGAAAAGGAGAUUCGAGAUUGUUACUCUGAGCCGCUCAAUUUUGGGAGCGCUAAGCUGAUCGAGAUGAUGGUCCUUGAUGGCUGCUUCAUCAUUGAGGUGUUACGAGUGAUUGAUGAAAUAAUCCCGCGUGAACACGACGAUCCCCUCUUCAACAUGUAUUGGACGUUCACUGCGUUCAUUCGCGACUUCCUCUAUCUUGAGAACCAAAUCCCCUUCUUCGUCCUCCAAACCCUCUACGAUAUGUCGAAGCUCCCCAAUGAACCCCCGUGCGUUGAUGUCGCGCUGCGGUUCUUCAACUACGCUGUGCAGCGGCCACCAGAGGACCUCGAGAAGUGCUACGGAGUCUCGGACUUCAAGCACUUGCUCCACCUGAUGCAGCUGACCCUCAGCGACCUCCCUGAGGAAGUUCCACAGGAAUCCGACCCCGAGUAUCUGCAGCUGGUCCCCUCGGUGACGAAGCUUCGACGUGCGGGAAUCAAAUUCAAGCCGAGAAAGUGCAACGGGUGGCUUGGCAUUCGGUUCACAGACGGAGUGCUCGAGAUCCCCCCGCUGACAAUUGACGACCUGGCCAGCUCCUUCUUCCUCAACUGCGUUGCGUUCGAGCAGUGCUACUGCUACUGCCCGCAGCACAUCACUAGUUACGUGACCUUCAUCGGGUGCCUCAUGCCCACCGCGGACGAUGCGAGCUUCUUAUCGGAUCGCCAGGUGCUGGAGAAUUACUGCGGGACACACGCUGAUGUUGCGAGCUUCUUCAAUGACUUAGGGAAGGAUGUGGAUUUCGAUAUCAGUAACUGCUAUUUGGCCGGAGUGAUGGAGGAUCUGAACAGGUACUAUAGAACACGGUGGCGCGUGAACUGGACGGGAUUUAAGCGCAAGUACUUUGGUACUCCUUGGUAUUUGAUUUCGGCAGUGGCGGCCUGCCUGGGUCUGAUGCUCGCUUUCAUACAGUCAUUCUUUGCGCUUUACGGGUACCUGCUGCCCCCUAAGCAAUGAGACUAUUUUGUGUGUGUAUGCUUUCCCAGGUUCAGUGUCUUCAAUGAAAUUCAACCGCUGAAUUGUGUCA